UAUCGAGCAGUAACCAAUCCGGCAGCUUAGACACGAAACUCCACCAACGAAGCCGUCUAGGCGUUGUCUUCACCUGUGCUGUGGGGGCUUCUGCCUUCUGAGGCUUCACAAAUUCUUGGUCCGCCCCAAAAACCCUCUCGGCUCUCUACUGACGAGAUCCGCUCCAAUGGCGAAACUCGCGAUCUUCUUCGCUCUGACACUCUCAUUUCUCCCCUUCCUCUCCCACUCCUUCUCGCCGGACACCCCGACCGACCGCCGGAUCUUGGUAUUGCUCGACGAUUUCUCCCUCAAAUCCUCUCACUCCAUCUUCUUCACUUCCCUCAAGUCCCGUGGCUUCGAUCUCGAAUUCAAGCUCGCCGAUGAUCCCAAGCUCGCCCUCCAGAGAUACGGCCAGUACUUGUACGACGGCUUGGUUCUGUUCGCCCCCUCAGUCGAGAGGUUUGGAGGUGCAUUGGACGUUGCGGCCGUGCUUGACUUCGUUGACUCCGGUCAUGAUUUGAUCGUAGCAGCUGAUACCACCGCUUCUGAUUUGAUCAAGAGCGUCGCUACGGAGUGCGGAGUCGAUUUCGAUGAGGAGCCAUCAGCUAUGGUUAUUGAUCACCAAAACUAUGCGGUGUCUGAUGUUGAUGGUGACCAUACGCUGAUUGCUGCUGAUGAAUUGAUUAACUCGGAUGUGAUCCUCGGGAAGACUAAGAUUGAGGUUGUUCAUUCGGACCUUCGUUUGUUAUGUCCUUGAGUCCAAAGUUCCAUUGCCGAACUAAUGAAUUCUGUAAUGGUUUUGGAUUGAGCAGGCUCCAGUGCUUUUCAAGGGUAUUGCGCAUUCCUUGAAUGCUGCAAACACUCUGGCAUUGAAAGUCCUAUCCGCUUCGCCAUCAGCAUAUUCAGCUCAUCCAACUGCCAAGUUGUCAAGUCCCCCUUCAUUGACUGGAUCUGCAAUCUCGUUGGUUUCAGUUGUGCAGGCAAGGAACAAUGCACGUAUUAUGAUCUCUGGCUCUUUGGAUUUGUUCAGCAAUCGGUAUAUGAAGUCAAGUGUGCAGAAAGCUGGGAGUCCUUCAAAAUAUGAGAAGUCUGGCAAUGAGCAGUUUGUGACUGAACUUAGCAAAUGGCUUUUCCAUGAAAGAGGUCACUUGAAGGCUGGAAACCUCAGGCAUGUAAAAGUCGGGGAGACCAACGAACCUGCCAUGUACAGGAUCAAGGAUGACCUUGAAUUUUAUGUGGACAUAUACGAGUGGUCUGGGAACAGCUGGGAGCCAUAUGUGGCUGAUGAUGUUCAGGUUCAGUUUUAUAUGAUGAGCCCAUAUGUAUUGAAAACUCUAUCAACAGACAAGAAGGGUCUUUACCAUACAUCGUUCAAGGUGCCUGAUGUAUAUGGAGUCUUCCAAUUCAAGGUUGAAUACCAGAAGCUUGGGUACACUAGUCUGUCACUUUCUAAACAGAUUCCGGUGCGCCCCUUUAGACACAAUGAGUAUGAAAGGUUCAUAACAACUGCCUUCCCAUAUUAUGGAGCUUCCUUUACUACGAUGGCUGGGUUCUUUAUCUUCAGCGUCGUCUACCUAUACAACAAGUGAGCCUGAUUGGAGCCGAGCCUUGCACUAGGAUGCUUGCUUUCUUCCCGGCCAUUUUUGGACCUUGACAGACAACAAUCUGCCGCCUUCUCCAGCACCCUUCUCGACUCUGUUAUUUACAAGGAAGUUAGAGUUACAGUAGAAGUCAGUUCUGUUGUUUAGUAAAAUUACAUGCAUCUAAAGAUUUUCGUCGUCAAGACUGCUCAGCUGUACUAGAAUCACAUGCUCAGAGAGUUCGUUAGUGUCAGUUGAACUCUGUGGAAAACAGAAACACUGAGAUUUUGAUCUAAGCUGGAAAAAACAAGUUGGAUAUGCUCACUAGCUUAUGUUUUAUGUAUUACCUUUCCUCUCUCAACAUUCUCGUUAGUCGUUAUGUUAUGCACUUAUGCUAAACUUCUCUUCGAAAAUGUGCGGCGACUUGAAGGGUGUAGCAGCCUAGCACGGCUUAAAUAAGGUGUGACAUCACAGCCAUAUCCACCAAUCUAGGUCACCUGAUCCAGAUUUGUUUUAUUUGGCCAGUUUAGCCGUGCCCGUGCAGCUUAAUUAUGGUUAUCGAACCAGUAGCAGGAGGGGAAAGGAGAGUAGCAAGACAAAAUAAAAAUGUUGUCAAUAACGGUAAAUAAGUCGAGUUGAAUGGAAUCGAAUUUUACCUAGUUCCAAUUGUGUCUUAUCUUUUAUAUUCUUGUCGCUUUUGUUGUAAUUUAUUUUUUGAUAGAUCUGCAACAGUAACAAAAUAAGAAUUUUCUAAAUUAGUGUGUAUAUUAUUUUUGCAAUUUCGUGUAGCG